AUGGUGUUGGCGGUCGCCGGCGGCGGCCUGGCGGCGGAGGUGCUGACGGCGCGGUUCGCCCGGCAGGUCCUGUCGGGGCGCUGGUUCACGCUGUUCGCGUGCCUGCUCAUCCUCUCGGCGUCGGGCGCGACCUACGCCUUCGGCAUCUACUCCCGGGCGCUCCGGGCGUCGCUGGGAUACGACCAGCGCGCCGUCGCCACGCUCGCCUUCUUCAAGGACCUCGGCAGCAACGUCGGUGUCCUCGCGGGGCUGCUCAGCGAGGUGGCCCCGCCGCGGGCCGUGCUUGCCGUCGGCGCCACCAUGAACCUGGCCGGCUACCUCAUGGUCUACCUCUCCCUGGCCGGCCGCGUCGCGCGCCCGCCCGUCUGGCUCAUGUGCGCCUACGUCUGCGCGGGCGCCAACUCGCAGGCGUUCGCCGGCACCGGCGCGCUCGUCACCUGCGUACGGAACUUCCCGGGGAGCCGCGGCGCCGUGCUCGGUCUGCUCAAGGGAUACGUCGGCCUCAGCAGCGCCAUCCUCGCGCAGCUCCACCUCGCGCUCGACGGCGAGGGCGACGCCACCUCGCUCGUGCUGCUCAUCGCCUGGCUCCCCGCCGCCGUCUCCGUCGCGUUCCUCGGCACCGUCCGCGUCGUGCCUCCGCCGCGCCGGCGGACGAGGCAGCAGAGCGCGGCGAGCCACGCCGGCGGCGGCGGCGGCGGCGGCGUGUUCUUCUGUUUGCUCUACGUCUCCAUCGCGCUCGCGGCGUACAUCCUCGUCAUGAUCGUCGUGCAGAGGCAGGCCAGCUUCUCGCGCGCCGCGUACGCCGCGUCGGCCGCCGGGCUCCUGAUCCUCCUCUUCCUUCCCCUCGCCGUCGUAGUCAGGCAGGAGUACCGGAUCAAGAAGGAGCUCGAGGAGUCCCUGCGCGCGGCGCCCACGACGGUGACCGUCGUAGCGACGCCUGCGAGCACCAUCGAUACACCGCCACCGCCGUCUUCCUGCGGCCUCACCUCCUUCCUGAGGCACACGUUCAACCCGCCGGCGCACGGCGAGGACUACUCCAUCCCGCAGGCGCUAGUGAGCGUGGACAUGCUGAUCCUGUUCGUGGCUAUCACCUGCGGCGCCGGCGGGACCCUGACGGCGAUCGACAACAUGGGGCAGAUCGGGCAGUCGCUGGGGUACCCACCCAAGAGCGUGGACGCCUUCGUCUCCCUCAUCAGCGUCUGGAACUACGCCGGCCGCGUCGCCGCCGGGUACGCCUCCGAGGCGCUCCUCUCCCGGUACCGGUUCCCGCGGCCGCUCGCGCUCACGGCGGUGCUCCUCGCCUCCUGCGCCGGCCACCUCCUCAUCACCCUCGGCGUGCCGCGCGCGCUCUACGCGGCGUCCGUCCUCACCGGCUUCUGCUUCGGCGCGCAGUGGCCGCUGCUCUACGCCAUCAUCUCCGAGCUCUUCGGGCUCCGGCGCUACCCCACGCUCUACAACCUCGGCGCCGUCGCCAGCCCCGUCGGCGCCUACCUCCUCAACGUGCGCGUCGCGGGGCGGCUCUACGACGCCGAGGCCGCGAGGCAGCACGGUGGCGCGCUCCCGCCCGCCGGCGGGGACAGGACGUGCCUCGGCGUGGAGUGCUUCAGGAGGUCGUUCCUGAUCAUCACGGCGGCCACGGCGGCCGGCGCGCUCGUGUCGCUGGUGCUCGUGUGGAGGACGAGGGAGUUCUACAGGGGCGACAUUUACGCCAGGUUCAGGGAUGCGGCUGUCGCCGAGGAGUCACCGGGCGGUGGUGCCUCGGUGGCGGAGCAGCGGCCGGCCCACGGAGGCGCUGGAGGUAGUGGAGUCAACGGAGAUGGCUAG